AAAAAGUAAAUGAAGUUUGUAGUCGUGAACAUAAAGUGCCAGAGCAGUUCAUAUAUGUUUUGCAAUUAAAAUAGCGCACAACAAAUAAUAAAAAUAUAAAAGACUGAAUUAAAUUUUAUAAUAAGCCUACUUGAUUACAAAACGAAAUUUUGUAUAAAAAGCAAUUGAAUAUAUAUUAGUAAAACACUACUAAUUAUUUAAAAAAAAGAACUUUGUUGAAAUGGAGCAAACACAAAUAAGUGAUGCCGAAAAGGUGAGGAUCGUUUCAGAUUUUAUUCUACACGCACCUCCAGGAGAGUUUAAUGAAGUGUUCAAUGAUGUACGUGAAUUGCUGAAGAAUGAUGCACUUCUCAAAGAAGGUGCAAGCCAUGCGUUUGCUCAAUACAAUAAAGAUCAACUAACACCAGUUCGUAUUGAGGGCAGUGAGCAUAAUGCCGUAAUAUCAGAAUUCAAUGAUUUAGGAGGGAGUCGUUUCUAUGAUCCACGAACGAAACAAACAUUUAAGUAUGACCAUUUGCGUAAGGAAGCAAGUGAUUAUCAAGAUGUGGAAUCUGAUGCAACAGCAGAACCUUGGCGUGCUGCUUUGGAUAUUGAAGCUUUGGCUUAUACUGCCAGUCACUAUAGACAUGGGGUAUGUUCUGUUUACAGCAAAACUCAAGCUAACCAAAUUACAUUAACUAUAUGCAUUGAAGACCAUCAGUUUCAACCCAAGAAUUAUUGGAAUGGUCGUUGGCGUUCACAGUGGCACGUUACAUUUCCAUCUGGUGGUGGUAGCGCAGAACUAAAAGGUGUACUUAAAGUGCAGGUACACUAUUAUGAAGAUGGCAAUGUACAAUUAGUAUCAUCUAAGGAAUGUCGAGAAUCAGUACUUGCCAAUAAUGAACAACAAAUGGCCAAAGAAGUAAUUCGCCUUAUAGAAGAAGCUGAAAAUGAAUAUCAACUGGCCAUAUCAGAAAAUUAUCAGACUAUGUCAGAUACAACAUUCAAAGCUAUGCGUCGUCAACUCCCAAUUACAAGAACCAAAAUAGAUUGGGGUAAAAUUGUUUCAUAUAGCAUUGGUAAAGAAUUGAAAACGCAAUAAGAGCUAGAGGAAGCGGAGGCGGAACCGCAACCUAUGAAGAGACCGACUAGUCUUCCUCUGGCUAUUGAUUAUAAAAGAGAUGUAAAAAGUAAAAAUUAGAGAGAAACGAUAAAUAAUUUUAAAACUAUUAGCACUUUGAAGUUUGCUAUUAAAUGGAAAUAAUUUUUUGGAAAAAAUUAUUGCUUUGUUCAAUAUAACAAAAUUUGGAAACAAUUUUCAUUUAAACAUUAUAAUCAAAAAUUAAUAUAGCCUAGUAAAACAAAUUUAUUUUACUUUUUAAACUAGAACUUAAUGAUUUUUUUCGUUGUUACAAUAUUUAUAUCGUUUUACUUUACAUACUUGCGUGGGUGAAAAAAAGAUAUGAGAAAUUUAAACCCUAUAAUAAUGUUAUAAUAUGAAACGUUAUUAACAUUUAUAUUAAUAAAUACUAUAAAUAUUUUA